AUGUCUAUUUAUUUUUUAACCUUUAUUCUUUGUCCAGCUAUUUCGGCAAUCUCUCUCAGUCUUGUCGGACAUCCAUCUCUUGGUACACGUAUUGGUCGUAAUCAACCAUUUAGUGCCGCAGGUAAUGUGAUAUUAGCGGUAAUUAUGGAAUUACUCGGUUACUAUGUUUCUACUCAAUUGAUUUUUCUCUUUGUUAUUGGUGUUUCUAUACUAACUCUUAUUGCUCUUUCCUGCAUAUGUCAAAGUGAAAUUAAUUAUGAACGUAGACGUACAGUAGGAAAAACAGAAACUGGCAUGACUGUGGUCAGUUUUAAAGAAUUGCUAUUAUUAAUUAUUCGUGAUCAAUGUCUUCUAAUUAUAUUUUCUUGUGUGAUCUUAUUUAUUUCAUUUUGGUAA